AUGAGGAUGCCUGACUCUGUCCGGCUGGAGGAUGGGACCAGUUUGUGCUCAGGCAGACUGGAGGUGAAGACUAACCAGUCUACCCAGCGCUGGUUCUCGGUGUGUGAACAGGACUUUGACCAGCAGGAUGCAGAGGUGGUCUGCAGGGAGCUUGGCUACCUGCUCCUUCAGCCCAACAUCUCUGUGUCCUCCUUCAUGGUCGGGGUCUCCGAGGAAGACCAGAAGAAUGGGUUCCAGGUGUUCUGGGGCUCAACCUUCACCAUCAAUUGCUCCAUCCAGCAACAGUACCCAGGAGGCUCCUUCCAGCUCAGCUUCACCUCCUCCGACUCAGCACACAACACCACACAUCCAGCUGUCAAUCACUCUGCCCACUUCCUGUUUCCUGCUGCAGAACACGCCCACCAAGGAAACUACAGCUGUGUUUAUCAGCUCGAUGUUUUCUCUCAUAACUUCUCCUCUGAGAGCCGGGUGCUCUCUCUCUGCAUCAUGGAUCCGAGGCCUUUAAUCAUCAGAGCGUCCGUCCUGCUGCUGUCUCUGCUGGUGGAGAACAUUGUUCUUUACUUCUACUGUAGGGCCAGCAGGGGGCCGCUGCCGUGCAGACAGAAGAAGAUUGAGCCAGAUUAUUAUAACCUUGGUGUCCCUGCAGCGGAAGUAGGGCUGACUGAAGAGGAAGGAGCUCAGGGAGCAGAGUAGCACCUCCGAGGACCUCAUGGAGGUUUAGCCUUUAUGCUCCUUUUUAUCCCCACUGGGAAUAAUUCCAUUUAUUUACCCUUACAAAACUUCAAUUUAUUGUGAAUGGCAUAUGCUGGGUACAAAGUCUGGGGUCUCUGGGGCCAAUCUAUGAGCAAAUAGGAAUUUUAAUACAUUUUACUGACAAGUCUUAUUCUUCCCAAAUGUCUAGACCCUGUUGUUAGGGACCCAGUAGGGGUCCUUAGGAUGGACCAAGAACCACCAGAAUUGGGAUACAUAUUCUACAGAACACCUUGAUUUAGAAAAGCUUCCAACUCAUUCUUAUAUUUGUUUUAUUUCCACUGAAACCCCCUGGUAUUCCCACUAUGUGUACAGAGCUUUGCUAUUCACAUGCACAACUAAUGGGUAACUAUUGUUUCUUUCAACCUGGACCAUCUGUUCCUGUGUUGCUGAGUCUAAGUGAACUAUGGGAACAACAAUCUCUGACAUUGGUCCAG